CUGAGCCUGCGCUCCCACAAUUGGCCUUGAAGGAAGCUCAGAGUCGUUACGUCUCCAAAUGACAAAGCAGGAAGAGCCGGCAGUGGAGCCUGAAACUUUCCUGGCUCUUUUUUACCGAGAGAGAACUGCGAAUUAAACCACUCGGGUGCUAAUUUGGAGCCCACAUUUAAACUAAAUUAGCCCAUUUGAACAUUUUACAUUGACCGGGAGGGACCGAUGCCCAGAGGUUGACUUUAUUUUGAAGGCAGAUUAAUGAAGGUGUCGUGAAUAAGAAAACUCGAGAUGUUGAUGUUAGUGACUUUCUAAGCAAAGUGUGAAGGAAUUCUGUGCAGUCGGAAUGACAUCUGCCGCCGACACUAAUCAGAGUCACCCUGAAGGAACAACUCGGGGCAGUGGGACUCCGACUGGUUCAUCUUCCUUAUGGAACUGGAAUUACUGGAUAAACUGCUUCGUUCAGGAGAAAGUUUGCAUUUCCUUUGCGCUCUGGCUCUUAUCACUGCUGCUUUGGGCAAUCGCUCACUUUAUGUUGUGCAUCAAGCCCCAUUGUAGACUUGCCGAUACCUACAUUACUGAGGGAGUGCUACAUUAUUGGAAGUACGGACAGACUAGGCUCUUUUAUUUUCGCUGCAAACGGAGAGGUUGGCGAGAAGAAUCUUUGCCUUGUACCAUCUAUGCUUUUCUGGGGAAUAUAUGCAACAUGUUUGGGGCACUUCUAGCAAAACAACUGAGCAUUCAGGCUUUUACAGCAGCUUAUAUGGCAGCAGUGGAUAUUCUCCAUUUUGUAUUAAUCCUGUUUCCUGUGUGUGGUUCAAGAUCCAGAUCAACAACAGAUCAGCUAAGAAAAAGAAAUAAAAGAAGAAGUGCCAUGUUCAUGGUUUGCUUACCUUUCACUAUGGGCACAAGUUGCUACUUCUGGGCUUCUCCUGUUGCUGAAAUGGAUAUUCGUGGACCAAGAAGGAAACUGCUCACCACAUUACUUCAGGACAACACAGAAAUCAUUGGCUAUGUGCUGGGGGUGAUUGCUGUUUUCAUUGGCUGGACAUCAAGGUUUCCACUGAUUUUAAAGGCAUCUAGGGGGAAGAUUGAUAGCAGUCUCCAGAAAUGGGCUCUGAUCCUUUCAAUUUUCGGGGGUGCACUGUAUGCUGCUGCUAUUUUGGCACAUGAGAAGUCUCCUGAGUUCAUCCUGCAAGCUUUACCCUGGCUGCUUAUCUUUCUUGGUGGUGCAGCUCUAGAACUUUCUAUACUGUUUUUAUCAUGUUUAUUGAAAGAUAAAACUGCUCGCCAGCAUUGGGGUUUAGAGGUGGUAAUAGAAUCUGAUACUAUCUCUCUGUUGGAAUCUCCUGGACAUGAGGUGGAAGACGAGGAGAUUGAAGUAGAAACACAGAAUUUGGACUGGAUGCCACUGAACAUACCCCAGAACAACCGAUAUUUACGCAAGAUGGCAGAAAUAGGCCACUAUAUGGAUUUGAGCAUUGAACCAGUGCAAGAGAUUGGAUUUGGUGUUAAAAGAUUACCUGGAGAUGGACAAACUUGUACAGAGAGAGGAAAAAGAGUGGAUACCCUGUUUGUCCAUGAUCCCCCAAUGUACCCUCCAAAGCAAGUUAUUCAUGCAAAUGUGUCCUCAUGUAGCUCGUCAGAUGCUACUUCCAUAAACUCUGAACUAGAGCAAAAGUACUUGGAAGCCUUAAACUCAGAACAGUGGGAUUUUGAAGAUAUUCCUCAAGAAUGGAAAAUGACUCAAAAGCAAGAAGAACAUACCUUAAACUGUAGUCCAGAUCAGACCCCAGUAAUCAGCAUGCACUCCUUCCCUACCAGCAUUGUCUCAAGUACAUCAAUAACUGACUUUUGGCUCAGUGACACUGAAACUAUGAUGACUGAAGAGACAACCUCAGCAAUUUUGUCUCAAUAUGAAGAAGAAGUAAAUAGGACUAGACGUUGAGGAGCAAGAACUAUAUUAUCUUCAUGUGAAUGUGAAACUAUUUUUUACAUUUUUAAAUAAAAGUAUGCCUUGUAAAA